AUGGUUUUCUUACUUGGAGGUCUAACCACCGUCGGUACUAAUAAAAUAGCCAUUUUAAGCGAUAGUGAAGGACCAAGUUAUCGUGCCUACUUAUCACCCUUUUAUAUUGAUAAAUACGAAGUUAGCAACAGGAAAUUUCGUCAAUUUAUACAUGCUACAGGGCAUAGAACGCAAGCCGAAGAGUUAGGCAGCUCGUUUAUUCUUACCGCAAUUCCCAAACUCAAAUCUACAAGUUCAUCGCAAGAAAAAGUGGUUGUGGACUCUCCAUGGUGGAAGUUAGCUAAAAACGCUAACUGGAAUCAUCCAGAAGGUUUAAAUUCAUCUAUAAAUGGCAUUUUAGAUCAUCCCGUUGUUCAUAUGUCUUGGAAUGAUGCUAAUGCUUACUGCAAUUGGGCUGGUAAGCGCUUACCUACUGAGGCAGAAUGGGAAUAUGCAGCUCGAGGUGGAUUAAAUGAUAGAUUAUUUCCAUGGGGUAAUAAUCCAAUACCGAAAGGCCAGCAUAGAAUGAAUAUUUGGCAAGGAAAAUUUCCUAGAGAAAAUACAGCAGAUGAUGGAUACAUCGGAACAGCUCCGGUAGUCAAUUCUUAUUUACCUAAUGCUUAUGGAAUUUAUAACACUAUUGGUAAUGUAUGGGAAUGGGUAUAUGAUUGGUGGAGUAGACGAGAUGGACAAUUAAGGUCUCGGCAGGAUAUUUCCAAUAAUCCGAAAGGUCCUAAUUCCGGUGUUAAGAAGGUACAAAAGGGAGGAUCAUAUUUAUGUCAUAAGUCUUACUGUUACCGAUAUCGGUGUGCAGCACGAAAUGCAGCACCACCGGACACUUCAGCAAUAAAUUUAGGGUUUCGAUGCGCCAUGGAUAUGAAAAUGUUUGGUUCUAAUGACCAUUAG